AUGUUUCCAGUUCCUACACUGAUUGCUGUGCCGGUGAUGCCCGUUCCCGUGGUGGUGAUUGGAGGAGCGCCUGAUGGAGGGAACACCCAACAGCAGGUGUCUCGGACCAUUCCGUUUGCUGUUCCUUGUCCUUUGCCUGAGAUCUCGGCUGUUGGUGGCCAUGAGGUUGGUCACAAUGAGUCACUUGUUGCACACUCUGUCCCGCUUUUAGCUCCUGCUGUGGCUGUUGCCCCUUUGUCUGAAGAGCAAUUGCUUGAUCCCCUUGGUGCUUUGUCUGCUUCUCAGCUGAUGGAAGUGUUGGGCCCCAAGAUCAAUAGCAUUCCUUUCUUGGAUUCAAUUCGGAGUCAGUUGAUGGUUACUGCUGGUCGGUUGCAAAUUUUGGACAAACAAGGUAGUGUGAUGGCCGAUGAUGAGGUUCACUUUCAUGUCAAAAGAAUGAUUGAGGCCAGUGGACGCACUGACAUUGCGUUCUUGGAUCCUUUGUUGGCCACUGAGGGUACCCGUCGUCCUGUAGCCAAGAUGAUUCAAGAGUGGUUCGAUGGUCAGCGUGGAUCCCUCAAAGCCAUUGCGUCAGCAGUGAAACAAAAUAAGAAAAGCAGGACGGCAGCUCCCAAGCAGGUUGGUCCAAAGUCAGUUCCUGCCAAACCUGUCAUGCUGGAUCCGGCGAAGUUGGCAUUUGAAAAGGGUUUGUUUGUUUCGGAGUCGAACCAGCCAUUGAAACAGCUGCAAGUGUCUCAGCUUGGUCCGUUUGCGGAGGGUGUUGCCAUUUGCAAUCGUCCUAUGAUUGAGCAAUUCUUGAAGACCAAUCAAAAGGUUUCUCAGCAAUGCCUUGCGGUUUUCAUUGUCCAUGUUGAUGACCUUCCUGAUGUUGUUACCUUGUGCUGGUCUCAAAUUCGGAUUCCUUUGCGUUGCGUGACGAAUGGUGAGCCGCUCCUUGUCAGCGGGGUUUUGUUGCAACUUGGUGGAAAGCUUGUGGUGAAAGCUUCGGCUGAGAAGAUUGUUGAUCCUGCUGUUGCCGCUGCUGCGUGUGUUAAGAUUGCAGUCUACCGUGACUCUGUGCUUGGUUCGUGGCAAGAUGUUGUUCACAGCCCGAUUAAGUACAUUCUUCAGCAUGUGGUUUGCUUGAACACUUGUCGCCAAUCUGACUGCGUGAAAACUUGUGGGAUGUGGCAUGUGCCGGAUGAUAGCGAUGUGUCUGAUGUCAUUUUCGACUUGUGGCGUCGGCAGUGGGUUUCCAUGGGCUUCAAACCUUGUGAUCCUUCCAAGGCUGAGGUUUUCUUGGUCAACAUUCGCUAUGCCAAGUCUGUGGAGUUGCUGAUGCUGAAGAGCUCCGGGGUUGCUGGUAUCUUUCUGGAGCCUCGCUCGCUUGAUGCCAAGCAGCCUAAUCUGGACUUUCAGGUGGUUUGGCUCCCACGUGCCACUCCUGCUGAGGUUCAGCAUGCGGCGCAGUGCACAGCGUCAGUCAUUGGCAUUGUUCGCAUGGGUUCCAGGUUUGGAGUGCGGGUUGCAACUUGUGACAUGGCUGCAGUCAGUAGCAUCCUUCGUCCAGGUACGGUGGUUUUGGCUGCGGGUCCCCGUGUUGAGUUUGAAAUGGGCCCCCUUCCUUUUGGCAUGGAUAGGUCCAGUGUUCAUGCCCUGUGUGCCAGCAUCAAGUGGAAAGCAAAACCGGUUUCUCCUCUCAGAACAGUGUCUGGCAGUGGUGUGGUUUGGUUGAUGCAUGCUGCUGACGAUCCCGUUGACAACAUUGUCACGGCGAAAUUUGGUGAUGUUGUGAUUUCGAAACUUCCGUUGAAAACUUCAAAACCUGUUCCGAAUGCAUUGAUUGCGUCCUCUGCGACCAUGAAGCUUUGUGUUGCUGAUGACAUGGGGAAUUGUGGUGAUGAUCCUUGGCUUGUGGCGGAUCCGUGGCAGGCUCCCAUUGCCAAGUUGUCGGUCCCUGCUCCGGUGUUGCCUUCUGCUGAUCACUUGCGUGAAGCCGAAGCUCGCAUUGAAUCAGCCAUCCUUCAGAAGCUUCAGCCUCAGGUCCCCAUGGAGACGGAUGAAGCUGAGAAGCGAGUUGACCAGCUGGCGCAUGACACGGAUGUCCGCUUUCAGUUCCUUGAAAAUCAGGUGCAGCAACUGCUCCACCGGCAAGGCUCAGUGGUGGAGGCCAGGGUUUUUGUUCCAGUGACUCUCCGCUUGGUUUUGAUCCGCUUCAAGAGUUUUGGUGGCAUCGGCAAUAGCGUUUUGGGGUCGCUCCGGCCCGUUUGGCUUCUCGUUGUCGUUUGGACCUUGCAGUGUCGGAUCGGCGAAGCAGCUGUUCCUGGUCCCAAUGCUGCGUCUUGGUCGCUUGGGGUUUGCAACCCUUCUGGGUUGAUGGGAAAAACACAUCUUCUUUCAACUGAUGUGGACAUUUGGCUUGUGUGUGAAACGCAUUUUAGUGUUCAUGGUUGUCGCAAUUUUGGCAAAAGCUUGCGUGCCAUUGCUUCGCCUUUCAAAUGGUUUGUGCAUGGUGUUGGUGCGCCUGUUCGCUCCAUUGCAUCUGAUCUUGGGAAGUGGACCGGUGUUGGAGUUUUGUCUCAGCAUCCUUCCCGGGCGGUUCCUGCGGGUCUUAGUGAUGAGUUGCUUGACACUGGCCGUGUUGUGGUUUCUACGACUCAUGUUGCUGGCAUUUGGCUCACUGGCUUGGUCAUGUAUGGUGCGCCUACUGGGCCGACGCAUCCACAAGCUAAAGCUUUUACCAAUCGCAUGUUACAUCAAGUGGUGGAUCGCAUUCAGUGCGCCCGUGGGCCCAGGUUCGUGGCGGGCGAUUGGAAUCAUGACUUGGACUCUCUUGAGGCCGUUGGUCGUUUGAUUUCGCUUGGAUUUGUCGAGGUUCAGGAUCUUUACGCCUCUCGAUCCGGAAUCUGCCCUCGGGCGACGUGCCGUGGCAAGACUCGCCGUGACUUCCUUUUCAUCUCUGCUGAGUUGAUCCCUGCCUUUCGUAUGUGUUGGCUUGAUGACCAUGCUUGGGUUGAUCAUUCGGCCCUGGUUGCUGAGUUUGAUGCUUCUCCGUCGGCGUUUGUGCAAUUUCCUUGGCCCACCCCUCAUAAGAUCAAUUGGGCUGCUGCUGAUGCUCACCGGCCUGCAGCACCUGUUGCUGAUGCACUUGCCGACCCCAGUGCUGGCUACCGUCGCUUUUGGCAGGAAGUUGAAGCUUCUGCUUCUGCGGUCUUUGCUUCCCAAAACCGGCGGUUGUUGCCCAAUCAGUUUGGUCGUGGUUCGCGAUUUCAACCGUGUGUUUGUCACCAUGUGCCCCCUCCAAAGUGUGGUCGGCGUGGGGAAUUGCAGCCUACCUUUCUUGGCCAUUCUUGGAUCCACUCUAUGAUGUUUCGUCAAGUGCGUCGUUUGCAGUCAUAUGCUCGCCUUGCUGCCAGUUUGCAACAUUCUCCCUCUCAUACUGAACACCGCAUUGCCUUGUGGAAAUCCAUUUUGAAUGCGCGUGGCUUUAAGCCCACGUUUGCAGAAUGGUGGCAUGACUUGGAUCGCAAUGUUGGCGAACCGUUGAAUCUCCCUCUGGUUGCUCCUGGGUCUGCCAUGGCUUGUCGUGUUUUUCAGCGGGUGGAGUUUGAGACUCGGAAAAUUGAGAAUGUCCUUGUCAAACAAACUCGUCGGGCUGCUUCCUUGAAGCGGUCAAGGGAUGUGAAUGCCUUGUACAAGGUUGUUAAGCGUGACAUGCCCCUGCCUGUUGAUACUUUGGUCAAUCCUUGUCACUUUGUGAUUUCCGCUGUCGAUCCUGAUGAUCUCUCUCUUGAAGUUGAGCCAGCUGGUGUUCUUGCUGAUCUUCCCACCUUUGUGGGGGGACGUCCUGUUGAUCCGAUUCAUGUUGAACAUGAUAAGCUGUGGCUCCCUGAUGUAUCUGGAUUCGAUGUUGGCGAUUCGGUCGUCCAACACCGGGCUGGUGGCCAGUUGCAUGACAUUUUUGCUGCCUUCUCUGAACAUUGGAAUGCCUUUUGGCAACGGCAUGCUGACAUGCCAUCGGAAGCUUGGAACAGGGUUUUUGCGUUUGCUGAUCGGGUUUUGCGACCUGUUGAUGUUCCUCCUGUUGAUCUUACCGUGGACUUGUUCCAUUCUGUUGUUGCGGGCAAAAAGAAUCGUGCUGCCAUAGGACUUGAUGGUGUAUCCAAACUUGACCUUCAGUCUCUUCGCCCUUCUGAGGUUUCUCAAAUUUUGGCUUUCUACAAGCAUGCUGCUUGCACUGGCACUUGGCCAGAGCAACUGUGUGUUGGAGCGGUCAAGUCUUUGGCAAAAUCUGCAAACCCCCUUGGUACUAAUGACUAUCGACCAAUUUGCGUGUUCAGUUUGGUUUACCGUGUCUGGUCUACGAUUCAAUCCAAAUACUGGUUGCACACGUUGGAUUCCUUUUGGCAUGAUGAUCUCUUUGGCAGUCGACCUGGCCGCCGCGCGGCCCACCUCUGGCGUGUCAUUGUGGAUUGCGUUCAGGAUUCUUAUGUGCAUGAUGUUGCUCAUUCCGGGUUGGUUCUUGACCUUACUAAAGCUUUCAACACGCUGCCGAGAGUUCCUGUGCUGGGACUGGCUCUGAAAUGUGGGGUUGAUUUUGGGAUUGUCCAGGCGUGGGCUGGUUUUCUUGGUGGCAUGCAGAGGCGCUUUGUGGUCCGCAAUUCUCUUGGGCCCCCAGUCUCCAGCACCUGUGGGGUGCCAGAGGGUUGCGGGCUAUCUUGCUUGGCCAUGUUGAUGAUAAACCAGCUUCUUCAUUCUUGGCUUGCUGCGUUUGCUCCUAGGGUCCGUUGCUUCAGCUAUGUUGACAAUUGGGAGCUUGUCUCGACGGAUGCUGAAUGCUUGUUGCGUGCCAAUCGUUCAAUCUUGGAGUUCGCUCGCUUGCUUGACUUGACGCUGGAUACCUCGAAAACUGUUGCUUGGUCGACUGAUCGUGGCAUUCGUCGGCACCUUCGCCAAUCGGGUUUCACUGUGUCUUUGUCAGGGCGUGACCUGGGGGCCCAUGUGGUGUAUUCUCGGCAGAUCCGGAACCAGACUAUCCAGCUUCGGAUUUCUGACCUCCAAGACUUCUGGAACAAAUUGCGGGGUGCUUUUGGUGCGUACAAGCAAAAGGUUCGUGUUGUGUUCAUGCGUGCGGUUGACGCUGCUCGCCCGCAAGCGAGCCCGUAUCUCCACAUGAUCUUGGAAGGUUUGCAUUUGGAUCCACAACUCUAUGCUAUCAUUGCGACCUUUCGUGACUUUCGUGACUUUGGGUGCGCUCCUGACCAGCUUGUUACUUUAAAUGACGUUGCUGCUGGGCUCGGUGGUGCCCCUAAUGGUGUUGCUGAGAUUCUCCUCAUGCGUGUUCAUCAGCUUGGUUGGAAGUUGGGAGUUGAUGGCUUAGUCACUGACAGGUUUGGUAGCUUCUUUUUGCACUUGCUUAAUUUUUCCGAGCUGCUUCAGCGUGUUGCAUGUGCUUGGCAGCUGGUUGUGAGUGAACAUGUGAAGCAUCGUGCGCCCUUCUCCACAUUUCAUUUGGUUGAUGUUGGUGCCACGACUGUUGACUUGCACUCUCGUGAUGCUAGCUCUCAAGGGUCUCUUCGGAAAAAUUUGAAUGGUGGUGCCUUUGCGAACGAUGUCGCUUGGAAAUGGUCGGUUAGUGGUGACAAAGCGUGCCGGGCUUGUGGAGUUGAAGAUACCUUGUAUCACCGGUACUGGCAAUGUCCUUCCACCCAACACCUGCGGGAUUCUUUGGAUCCUCAGGUUCUGUCUGUGCUUGAUGACUUGCCUCCUGUCCUGACUGUGCAUGGCUGGACUUUGUCGUCCCCUUUUGCUGAUGAGUGGCGCUGUCGUCUCAUUGCUUUGCCUGAUGUUGUCCCAUCUUGUGUCUGUGAUUUGACUGGCGAUGGUCCUUUGCAUUUGUUCACUGACGGCAGUUGUUUUUGGCCGUCAGAGCCAGCGUAUCGUCUUGCUGCUUGGAGCGUCUGUGUCGCUGCUUCCUGUUCUGGUUCUGACGCUUUCACCAGUCAUGUGGCUGGUGGUGGCUGCCUCUCAGGCUUGACUCAGACAGCAUUUCGAGCUGAAUUGUAUGCAGUCUGCGCUGCCUUGACUUAUGGUGCGUUGACCUCUCGGCCGAUCGUUGUCUAUAGUGAUUGUAAAUCUGUUGUAGGUCCCAGGGUGCAGUUUGUCAAGGUGAAGGCCCAUGUUGAUUUGGCACAGACCUCAUCCCAUCGAGAUUUGUGGCUUGGCUAUCACAAUCUGUGUGCAGACAGAGCAGCGGUUGUUUGCAAUCAGGACCGCGGCAGCAGUUUCUGGGAUUUUUGGCGGAAACAUGUGGAGCUUGUGAGCAGACAUGAGUUUGUUGGUCGUCACAUCCGAGAUCACAUUGUUGCUGUGAACCUGGCUUGGUUUUCUGACCCAGAUAUGAGGGAUGUGGCGCCUGAUCAGCCUAUUGUUGCCCCCGCUGUACCAGCAGGAGCUGCUGCUCGCCCUGGUGUUUGGGGAUGGCAGGAGUCGCUGAGUUUGCCUCGGAAAUUUUCUGGGGUUUAUGGUGCAGCCUAUGGGGAUGUGCUUGUGCAAUGGUGCAAUGGGCUUUUUCUGCCUGGACAAGAUGGAGCCCAGUGGGUGUCUUUUGCUGAGCUUUUUGUUGAUUUCCAGCGGCAUACCGGUCAUUUUGGCCCAUUGCUCAUUUCUGGCAAGUGGCGUAACCCUGCCUGGGGCCCCUGGAACUAUGGAAGCGGCAACUGGGCCGAUGGCCAGAAUGACUGGACUUCAGGACAUGCUGCUCCGGAGGCUUGGGGCCAGGGCCAGAAUGCUUGGCAAAAUGGAGGCAACGGAGGGGAUGCAGCAAAAGACCUGCUGGACGUGGCCUACGACUAUCAGGUUGACUCCGUGCGUGCUCUGGUUCAGCUACUCCAAGAUGUGUUGGCUGACAAGAGUGCGGAGAAGGAGUAUGGCCAGGGCAAGAAUCCCCCGUGCCACCGGUAUGCCUUGCCGGACGAGGGCGCGAAAAUGCUGCUCCGCUGGCUGAAUGACACGGCGGCCAAGGCAUGUUGGGCCAUGGAGCCCUUUGCCGUGGAGGACCGAUUCAAGCCAGUGCCAAGUGGACGGCUGACGAAGACAAUGGAGCGUCUCGUGGCACAAAUCACCUCAGCAUGCGAGGCGAAAGAGAGAUGUGUCAUGCGAGCACAGCUGCUUUCCUCCUUGACAAAGGCUCUGAUUUGCCUCGUGGACUCCACAGUCUACACGAUCAAGACCCCAGCGAAGACGAUCGAGGCUUUGAUUCCUAUGCUGGAGCGCUACCGUCCAAAAUACGUGCGGGCUGUGCGGGAGUUCCAGUGCUUACAGAUGUUGUCGUUGCAAAAGAUUGCAGAAGCAAUUGACAUUCUGGUUCAGCGCAAGCCCCGGGCAACCAGAGCCACCGCCAAGCGGGACGGGGAGCAAAUCCGCGGAAACGUUGACUGGAUUGCGCGAACUCUCAUGAGUUUGAAGGGAUGCUCAUGGUCUCGUAACCCUAGCAUGGCCUACAAAGAGUUCCUGCAACGGCUCAACGUGAGCCAGGAAUCCAUCUCACGCGUCAUGAACCAUGCGCAAUUCUAUGUGUGGAACAAAAUGCAAUACUUCUGGACGGAAGCUGCAAAGGAAAAGACACGGUUGCAAUGGAUACGCUAUCAGAAGGCGAUGCAAGCCGCGCUGCAGGGAUCUUCGGUUUCUUCAACGGAAACCGAAGAUGCCUCAGCCGGAGACUGGUUUCAUGCCGAGGAACCGGCUGAGGCGAUGAAUGGAGAGGAAGGGCAUUCUGAGUGGCUGGAGCCAUCUUUCGCAUCGGAAGAUGUCUCAGCCAAGGCUGCGACAUAUGACUGGGCGGAGACUGAUGCAAAGAAGGACAGAAGCGACUCGAAUGCUGCAGAGGCCUUCCGUUGGUGCAAUCAACCAGUGGAAGGGAUGACUGAACAUGGAAAUGGGCAAAUGGAAUCACAAACGAAUGAGGCCCCCGCUUGGUGCACUGUACCGAUGACCGAGGAGGGAAAAGAACAUGGAUGGAAUAAAGGAACAGAGGACUGCCAGGACUUCCAACGGCGCACGACCGCGUCAACGGAAGCAACAGCAAAGGAAGAAGAUCAAACCAAUGGAGAGGUUGUCCAGCCUGCACGUCGACGGUGGGUAGACAUCGUGGAAGAUGAGGAUGAUGAAGAUGGGAUAUGGACCCGCCCCCCAGCGCCGAGAGUCUACAUCAAGGAUACCUGAUGUAGCAGAACUGGACGAAGAAGGAGGGUGGGGCGCCAUAAGUGGAU